UAUCAAACAAAACUGCAGCGAACAAGAGUGCAUUCAAGUAUGCGAUUGACAGAUGCUCAAAUCUACGAUACAUCGUAUUUGGAAGAGAUGAAUCGUGUUUGAUAUUUUCACAUUUUUCUAUGAAGGAUAACCUUUUGUUCCCAUUAUCCUUCACGUAUCACGUGAAAAUUAAAUAUCGAUAUUUGGACGCUUAUAUCGGUUAGAUGACGGCGAUACGCCGUGUGUUAACAGGUCAUGGGGGCCUGUUUCGGCCGCUGCAUUUCCAAAGUUACAGACUCCUUGUCAUACAGGUUUUAUCAAAGACAUACCAGUAUGUCCUACCAAGGAGACGAACAAGUUGAGUUUAUAGAUGACAAAGGAGGUACAGAUCAAUCUAGAGGAUCAAAAACCCUAUUAUCGUUUCUCUCCUUAAACAGAUUUAAGAAAAAAAAUGGAAUCCCUGUAACAUUGGAAUUAUUAGAAGAUGGAGCAUGGUCAAAGGGUAAAACUAAUAAAUAUGCCAGAUUAAACUCUAGGAAUGAUGCUUCUACAAGUUCUGGAUUGGAUACACCAUUACAAAUUCUUGAUGCAAGAACAUUAAUGAAACAACAAGCAUGUGUUUCUUCUACUCCUGGUUCAUCAUUAGAUCUGGAAUGGGAACAUGAAGGAAUGCCUCUGCCAAUUAUGGAUGAUGAAAAAGUUGAAAGUACAGAUGGUUCUAUGACACAAACAUCAGUUAAUAAUAGUCAACCCUCUAGUUUGACAGCAUCUCCUUGGUCUAGAGUAUCAACACCAAAUAGUUUAGAAUGGGAUCCGGUAGAAGCGGAUAUGGUAUGUGUUGAUUUAGAGACUGAACAGCUUUUGACUGAAAUAGAAAGAUUAACGGAUAGAGCGUUAAAGGAAACUGGAGAAUGGACUAAUGCUAGUUGAUAAAUAAUACAUUUAUAAUUAAUCAGGAUUGUUUGUAUUUUUGUAUUACAAAAAAGAGUACACAACGGAAUUAACAUAUAUAAAAUACUUCUAAAAAACAAAAAAAAAAAAAGAUUCUACUAUUUCAAUAUUUGUAUUGUUGAAACAAUAUGAAGAUAUAUUUAUAUUGUUUCAAGAUAUAUAUAUAUAUAUAUAAAUACAUGUAAUAUAAUAUAUAAUUUAAUUAAUAUAGAAUUUUGAAAAAAGGUAUAUAUUGCCUUAUACUAUAUUAUUUAUACUUUAUUAUUUAAAAAAAACGCCAAUGAUUCAAUUGAAAGAAAAUUUUCUAUAUUAUGUAUAUGUAUAUAAAUUUUACACGCGUAAAAAAUAUUUCGUUUCUAUGGUUUUUUUAAAGAUAAUGCGGAUACUAAUAUAUUGAUACUAUUUUUUUCUCUAUUGAUUGAUUCUAUUUUAUUCUGAUGAAUUUGAAUUUUUAUUUUAAUUUUAUUCGACUUUCACGAGACAAUAACUUUAUUCCUAUUAAUCUUUAUAAUUUUCUAUCACAUUCGAAUCCGAUGUACUUUAAUAAGACUGUCUCUAAUAGCUGACGUUUUUAUAGUUUUAAUAAAAAAUAAUACAAAUUAAGUUAUAUAAGAGUGACAUAAAUAUUUAAUAUUUUUAUUUAAAAAAUAUGACUUACGAUCUAUUUUCUCUAUAUGAAAUCAUUUUUAUAUAUAUAUCAUAUAGAUAUAUUAUAGAUUUAUUAUAGAUUUAUAUAAGUAAAAUAAUUAAUUAAUUAUAUUAUGUUUAAAUUUUAAAAAAUAAAAAUUUUAUUAAUAUGAAUGAUAUAAUAAUAUAUUUAUUUUAAAAACAUUAAAAAUUAUUAAAAUUAAUAAUUAAUAUAAAUAUAAAUCAUUCAUAUAAUAUAAGAAAAUUAUAUCUUUUACUAAUAAACUUUUUAAUAUACUUUAAUUUACUUGAAACACUUAUUUAAAUCUAGACUUUUUCUUAUAGAUAUUAUAGAUAUUUCUUAUAAAUAUUUUUUACUUUUUUAAAAUAUUUUUAAUAUAAAAUUUAUAUCUUUGCAUAAAUAUAAUCUAUCCUAUUCUACCAUUCAUUUUGAAAUCAUUAUUUUAAUAUUUUUUAUUUAAACAGAAACCAAUGUUAUUUUAUAUUUUAAAUAGCUUAUCCUACUUAUUAAUAAAAGAAUUUGAAAAAAAAAAAAAAUAGCGAUCAGUUUCUAUGUUAUCAGCUAAUAGGGAUAGAAUUUAUAUAAUAUAUUAUGUAUAUAUCAUCGGAUUCAAAUGUAUUAAUAUAAUUUUAUUAUUUUUAUGUUAUUUAUUUUUACCAAAGAUCUUUUAUUUUUUUUAAUUUUUUGAUAUGUAAAAUUAAUUUACUGUAAAUAAUAUUGAUCUCAUUUUUUUCAUACAUAUAAUAAGAUAAUAUACUACUUUAAUCUUUUGAAGCAUACACGAGUAAUACGAAAAUUACUUCAACUCGUUUUUUUUAUUUUUUAUAAAAAAUUUUCUAUUUAAAUAUAAAAGAAACUUUAUAUGAAUAACUAAUUGUGCUUCAAAUGGUUAAACAGUACAUAUCAUUCAUGUAACAAUAUAAAUUUUUACAUUUGUAAAAUUUACUGUUCACCACUUAUCUUAGAUAGGAAAAAAAAAUUAAAUGCAAAAAUUAAUAUUAAAAAUAUUGUAUCAGGUGCUAUCAAUGCAAUAUUAUAUUUUUUGCAAAUGAAAUUAUGAAAAGCUUUUUCUGGAGAAAAUUUCUUUAAAGCUUAGUAUCUUAUAUGAAAAAGACUAUUAUAUAGUCUAAAUAAAUCUAGUCACGAUUGAAUUGUAAAUUUUUGUAAAAUUUAAAAUGAAAAAGAAGAAAAACAAGAGAAAUCGAAAUAGUACUGAUGUAAUAUUAAUGUUGAUGCAUAUUUAGUAUACAAACAUGUUUUUACUGAAGUUAUUACCAAAUGAUUAGGUUACAAUUUUAGAUAGAUUAUCGAUUAUUAAAUAUGAUGAAUAAAUUCAAAUUCAAAUCGAAGUAAGUUGCCUUACAAUAGGUACAGAAUAUCGAUAUACUUCGAUAUUAAACGAUUUUAAACUUCGAUUGUAUCGUGUUUGCGGCUUGACUGUGUUACAGUUAUAUAAUUAAAUUUAAGAUUAAUAGUUUGCAUUACGAGCGAAUCAAAAUGUACGCAGCAAUAGUAAAGAUAGUAAUAAUGUUAAUGAUAAUAACAAUGUUUAAUGAUAAAAAUAUGUUAAUGAUUCAGUGCCAUGGCUAUUUAUGCAUUCUAUAAAUUUUGUCUCUCGUCAUAUCUUGAACUCUAAAAAUUGAAAUUAAAUUUUUUGAAUAUGUAUAUAUAAUAAAAGUUUAUAAAGAUUUAUAUUAAAUUGCAUGAUAAACGCACACAAAAGUAUUAGUUGAGCAAACUGUAUGUGGCUUAGUAUUAAUAUCUAUAUUAAUCCUAAGCACAAAAUAUAUCUAAUAUAUUAAUAUGUAAAUUGAACACAUUGUUCAAUAUGAAAAAAAAAAGAAAAAAAAAUAAGAAGGUGCUUCAAAUGAUAAAAGAAAAAUGUUACAAAACUCUUGUAAUUUGUAUUUGUAUUAAUAACAAAAAUAAGUCAUAUGGAAAUUAAACAAAGUUGAUGAUUUUAAUAUAAAUAGAAUUGGCAAAAAAAUAUCAAAUUUAAAUUCAAUUUGACUUAUUCAAUUGACUAUAUAUAUUUUGAAAAUUAAUAUAUCCUAUAUAUAAAGUAUGUAUUGAAACAUUUAAAUUAUUUGUCAAAUUUUUUUUAUAUGACAAAUAUGUAUGGCAAAAGCUUUUUUUUUCAAAAAUUUUAAGUAUUUCAAAUAGGGACCAAAAAUAUUUUCAGUAUUAAAUUUUUUUAUGCUGUAAUACUUUGUGCUGAAACAAUUAUUUUAUGUAAGUUAUUGUAUAUCGAAUUUUUCUUCAAUUGUCUAUUUUAUAUUUAAUUUUAAUAUUAAUUUCUAUUUUUCAACGUUAAAUAUUUAAUGAAAUUAUAAAUAUUUAUUAUGUUUUAUAUAUAGAAAAAUAAUUUAUAAUUAUAUCGGUUUUAAAAUUAUAAACAAAAUUUAUCACUGUUGGCUUUAAUUAUAUAUAUAUAUAUAUUUAUCUGUGCCUAGCAUUAGAUAUUAAAAAAAAAUUGUUUCUAUUUCAUGCACAGCUGUUUAUCCUGCAUUGUGAGUUUGUGAUUUAUAAAAAUCAACACUGUGCAUUUGCUUAUGUAUGAAAUAUAGUUAUUAAUAUUAAUAUAAUAUUAAUUAUAUAAAAUACAUAAUAAAAUACAUAAUUAUAUAGUAUUUUAUAUUAACAUUUUUGUUUAUUUAGAUUCAAUUUUGGAUACAAUUAUAAUAUAAAAUGCAAUAAAAUGAAAUGAAUUUUAUUUAUUAUUAAUAAUGAAUUCAGAAAUAGAUUUUUAUUUUUAUUUACAAUUCAAUAUAAAAUCAGUCAACAAAUUAUAAAAUUGAAUAUAAAAAUGUAUUAAAAAAAUUAUAUAUUAUGAUAGAUAUUAAAAUGAACAUGUUUGUAUGCUUUAAUAAAUAAUUACUUUAUUAUAUUUUUAUGUACAUGUUAGAAGAAAUGACAAAAAUUAUCCCUUGUAUUUUUAAUUCCUUUAAUUAGUUAAAAUAACACUUAGAAUAAUGAAACUGUAUUUAGUUUCAUUAUAAUGCAACGAUUCAAUAAUUAUAUUUUAUUUCAUAAUCUAUAAUGCAAAAGAUUCUAAAUCUAAAUAAAAUUUAAAUAUAAAUUGAAGCUUGAAAUGGAUCAUAAUAUUCAAGAUACUAUUAUUUAAAUAUAUGUGUGUAUAUUAUUCAUGUAUUCGUAAUGUUUAAUUAUACAUUAGCUACAAAUACUCACUUUAGCAUCCAGAUUUUUAUCUGUUUUACAUGUAUUGUUAUUAUGGAUUAAACAUAUUAAAUGAUAAAUUUCUGAAUGAAAUUUGACAAGAAUUUUUUGUUUUUUUUAAAUUUUUUUUUUUUUUCAAUUGAAAUCAAAAUGUUAAAGCGAGCAUUACUGAAUAAUAUACAUAUAUAUGAUGCUUGUGGAAUGGAUUAUGUUCUUAAAUUGUUUUAGCUAUUAUUUAAUAUUUUAAUUAUAAAUAUUGAUAGAAUUGAUUUUAUUAAAGUAAUUAAAUAUUUUAAAAAUUGAUAUAUUUAGUUUUAGUUUUUAUGCAGUUUCAUGAAAUACAACACAAUAUCUCUCUUGUUUAAUUUAUAUUAAAUUUAUAUUAAUUAUAUACAAUUCUAACACACAAGAUAUAUCUACAUCUAUAUAACAGUGAAGAAGAAAAAAAUGUUUAUAAUUAAAAACUAUAGUAACAUUAAAAUUAAAAUUUAUUAUCAUGAAAAAUGUUAAAUUUAUUGUGAGAUGAAUUUUUGAUUAAAACAUUUUUUUUAAAUGUUUUAAAAUAAUUUCAAAUAGUAUGAUUUUGAUAAAAAUUAUGUUUGUUUAAUACUGGAAUAAUUGAUAUAAUUAAAAAAUUGUAAUGUAUCAAGCAGAUAUACGAAUUAAAUGCAAUUUAUAAUUUCUUUAUUUAGAAAUUGAAACUUCUAAAUAAUUUCUUUAAAAUUAUGCUUUGGAAAUAUAUAUUAAAUAUCAAAAAGUUAAAAAGAAACAUCUAAAAACAUAAGUAUAUAACUUAUUAAAGAACAAAAUAACUAAAUUAGAGUUAUCAUUAUUUUUAUCUUUAUAAAAAACAAAUAGAUUUCAUGAACAAUUAUUUUGUAAAAAUAAUAUAUAUAUAUAUAUAUAUUUAUACUAAAAUGAAUAUAUCAAUGCAAUUUUUGUUAUAUAUUAUUUUCAUGAAAUUUUGAUUAUUUUCAGUGUGUAUAAAUUUGACAUUCUUUUUUUAAGUUUAAAAAUGUUUCUUGUAUGUAAAACGUGUAUAAAAUUCUUUGUUUUGUUAACAUACUUACAAUCAAUUUUCUGUUAUAUUUAAUAUAAUUUAAACAAGAAAUAGCCGUCGUAAAACAAGUAGAAUUAUAGCUGAUACUAAAGAAGCAAUUAGAAUACUCCAAAAUAAAUCAUUUGAUGAUGACAUUGUUUCUAUUUGUUGAUUUAUUAUGACAGUUGAUUGCUGUUGAUCUUCAGUCUCAUUAAUUGCUUCAACACUACGUUGUCUCAGUUGAUUUUCUGAAAUGCCAUCUGUAUUAAGUAAAUAGGAUGUAUCAGAUGUGGGUGAAUCAUCAGCCUAAAAAUAUAAUAUUUAAAAAUAUAUAAAUUGAAUUAUUAAAAUUGAUAUAAAUGAUAUAAAAAAGUACCUUUAAUGCUAUUGUAUUUAACAUAGUUUGUUCUUCUUCUGUGAUGGGUUUUUUAACGGUAUUUUUAGAUAACAAAUCAACAACUUUGCCACAUGUAUCACAUUGCCAAUUUAAAGAUCUAUGAUAAAAAUUUUUUUAAAUAUUUUUUUUCUAUUUAUAAUAUUUAAAUCUAGAUUUAUUUUAAUUACUUUUUUGCAAGCUUUUGCCUUUCUUCUUUGCUAUAAUCUAAAGAACCAAUUGUUCCAUUUCCUGGUGUUGGCAUAAAAGCAAUCAAAGCCAAUAAAGCUGUUCUGAUGCUCCAUGAAGGCUGCCAUGUCUCUGGAUGAUGCCCAGAAAUGCUGAGGCAAAUCUUUUUAUUAGUUUCAAAACGUCCAUUAGGCUAAAAAGAAAAAGAUACAUAUUUUUUAAUUAUUCAAUAUAUAAAUUAAAAAUUAAAUAUUUCAUAUUAAAAUUGCUUACUGUUAAAAGUAUAAUAUUUGGAGGUUUCAUUGGAUAUUCUGGUGGUAAUAAAAUUCUACCAUGGUAAAUACCACCUUCAAAGUCUGUGGAUGGUGGGCCUUGUACGGUAAAAUGCCAUUCAAAAAGAUUGUCUUCUAAAGGAGAUGCACAAUAUUCUUCUGUAGCUUCAUGAAGUUCUUGAGCUUCCCUCAUUAAUCUUUUCACAGCUGAAAUUUUAUUUAUUAGAUGAUGUAAAACUUAGUGUGAACAUUACAUAUGGUAUUGCAAUAAUUAAAUGCAUUUACUUGUAAAUAUUUAAAUAAUACAUAAAACUUAUUUUUAUAUUAGAAAUAUUUUAUAUUGGAAAAAAAAAUCCAAUGACACGUUAUCGUUAAAUAACGUUAAUUUAUAAUAACGUUAAUUAAGUAAACAUUCUAUGAAAUUGCAAUAUAUAUAUAUAUAUAUAUAUAUAUUGUGAAUUCAUAAAUACAAAUUAUAAUCGUGAGGAUAAAGAAAUAAAUGAUAGAAUUUGUACUUUUUAAUAACUUACCCGGACUUUUCGCGUUGUACUUCCCUUCGAAUGACAUUUUUGCGAGUAUGUCGACCGAGGUUAACAACUGGAAUAAAAAUAGUACUUGAGCUAAGUGCUAUCUGUCUUGUCAGACGGCCUCGAUGCAUCGACGUAGCCAGUUACAAUACAUUCUUCACAUUUUUUGUUACAAUAAAUUCAAUUAAUUGAAAAGGAUACGUUGACUUAAGUAUAAUGACAAAAAUAAUUUUGACGUGGCCUAAUAGGAGCGGCGCAUACAAAAUCCCACAAAAAAUAAUGUGAAAGUGGCCGCGCUUAUCCCGUGCACGCGCACUUACGUCAAUUUCGCCACUUGAAGUUGUUUGCUUAUGAAUACGUACAGAAGUUAAGUCUAAAAGUUUUAUCUCCAAAAAUAUCAGAUAUGUAGAAUUUAUUUAAUAUUAUAUAAUCUUUGAAAUUUAUAUCAAUGUAUAUUAAUUAAAAUUUUAUAAAAUUAUAUUAUAUUAAAUUAUAUUAUUGUUUUAUUUAAUAUUUUUCUUAUAAACACAUUAUUUUUUGAAAAGUUGAUGUCAUAAAUUAUAAUAUUAUUAUAUUUAAAUUUAAAAAUAUUUAAAAAUAUUUUAAAUAUUAAAGAAUUGUUUAACUUUUUCAUUUUUAACAUAAUCGUUUAAUUAUUCAUAAUAGCAUUAAAUAUGUUGAAAUUAUUAAAAAAUUUUAUUUUUUAUUUAACCUAUAAUAUUUAAUUAUAAUUUAUCGAAAACAUAUAUAACAUUAAUAAUAUAAAUAUAACUACCUUGAUUGUGUAAUCCUGAAAUUUAUUAUUUUUGCAAAAUAGAAGAAGAAACAGAACACAGAUAUUCGUGGAAAUUAUAGACUUUAUUUUUAGAAUAUUUUGAAUAUCAUAAAACAACGUAAACAUUCACAACAAAUGGGAAUAGGGUGUUAUUUAUAAUAGUAAUAAUAAUAAUGUUAUUACGUUAUCGUAAUAAUUAAUCAUUAUGAAUAUGUCAUCAUGACGUAUUUAUAAUUAUGUAUAAGUAAGAUCUUUCAUUUAAUUUUUAGUAAUUAUCCGUCAUAUCUUUAUAUUUUUUUUAUUUAUUGAUAAUCAUAAUAAUAGAUGAUAAUCAUAUUUAAUAAUAAUGAUAAUCAUCGUAAUGGUAAUAAUAAGAAUAAUAGUAAUAAUAAUAAUAAUAAUAAUCGUAAUAUUUCUAUACGUAUGUUUGUCAUGUAUAUGUAUAUAUAAACAAAUAUAAUUAUGCUUAUCUCAUAAGAAGGGAUAGAGUUCAUAAUAGCGCUAAACAAUAUAUGCAAUACAGUUCUCUUUUGUUAUUUUUGCUGUUGUUUCUGUUGUCAAUUCUUUUACCAUAAUUAUUCUCAUCACGAUAGUCAUACAGUCGAAGAUAUUAAGAAUAAGAUUUAUCGUAAUAGUAAAUAGAUAAUAGUAAACGUGCGUAUGUACAAUUUUAUCGUUGAAUGCCAUUCUUCAAAUGCUGCAAAUAUAUAUAAGUUCGAUUACAACUCAUGCAGUGUUUUGUGCAAACUCGACGGAUACACUUUUAUGAGUUUAUAUUUUACAAUCUUGUCAAGUCGAUAGCGCAUUUACAUCGAUCAAUCGAUUAAAUACAGAAAUGAUGAAUUGAUGAUUUUUAUAAUAAAUAUGCAAUAUAACCACAAAAUCGUAUGCUAAUUAUACACUUUUAAUUACAUUAUGUUCCUUUAGUUUGCUGCGUGAUUAUUUUUUAAUUGCGUUUCUUUUUUUUAUUUUAUAUAUAUAAGUAUAUCCGCCGAAUUAAUAUUGCAUAAAACUGACAAGAGAAACGAAGUCUAAGGCUACAAUUUCCCUAGAAAAAUUGAUUAAAAUCGCGAUUUUGGACGUUCUCUUCGUUCGCCCAACUUCUUUUUAUCACGAUACGUUUCUUGCGAUUACCCCUGUUCCGUUACAAUUUAUUCUUCUAAUAUUUCGUCUGACUAACUGUUUCCCAUUUUCCAGAAGGCAGUUUUAUUUGCACAUAUAGGAGAAAUGAAAAAAACCACGAUACGUCGAUCAAAUAACUGAUCGUAAUAUCUGCUCUUCUUCUUCUUCGAUCACUUCAAUUAUUAACCUCGAAAAUUUCAUUUAUUUUUCCAUAUUUUUUUAUUUUUUUAUUUUUUUGGUUUCUUUGUUAACUCGAUAUGUACAUACGAUUAUCGAUAUAAGAUUAUGGAUCACAAAUUGCGAUUAGCAAGCAAUCAAUGACAUUUAACGAUAAUUACAAAAUAAUGGUAACCGUAUGGUAUAUAGAUAUAUACACACACGUGCACAAAUUUUAUAUGUUUAUGUAUAUAUUUACUGUCGCAGCGAUAAUACAGAAUAAUCAGUCGUAACAGGUACAUAAAAAUAGUGGCGAAUUCGAUCGAUUGUAUUAUGUUUUAUAUAACAUAUAACAUAUGUUAUAAAUUUAUAUAUUAUAAUUUUAUAUGACGUAUAAUAUUUUAUUUUAUUUAAAAUAUAUGAAAAUUUUUUCUCAUAAUUUAAUAUAUAUAUUUAUACAAGAAAUUAUAAUAAAUUAAAAUUAAAAUUGUAAGAUUGUAAAAUUGAAAAUAAAAAAUGCGAUGAUUCCACAUGAAAUUCUUCGUGUAAAUUUAUCGAUAAGUUCGGUAAUCGAAAAUCGUUGUUCGAUAUCGAGAGCAACUAAUCUCUGGGGAAAAAAGGCGAUUUCACUUGCGAUCGAUCGGAUUCGUCAUUGCAACGAACGUCAUGGCAAAGUAAAGAACGAUUCACUGCUAUAUAGCAAAAUAAGAAAUUUUCCUUGAAUCUUCAAAACGGACACAUGCCAGAUUCUACGAAGAAUGAGGUUAGAUUCAAAAUUUUCUUGCAUUUUUUAUUCUGUUUUUUUUUUUUUACCAAAAUUGUAUAAAUCGGAUUCGUUCAAGAACUUUUUCCUCUUGAGAGAAGAUACUAAUUUCAAGAUCAAAAUUUCCUUACAUAGAAAAAGUUUCUUUCGAAUAUCCGUUAUAUAUAUUAUACCAUAUAUUAUAUGUAUAUAUUUAGUUCAUCGUUUAUGUGUCUCUUAUCAUAUGUAUUCGUUUUCCUUGCUCUGUUUCAUUGUGUAUAUAUGUGUAUAUGCGCUAUAUAUAUGUACGUGUAUGUGUGUGUGUGUGUAUAUACGUAUAUAAAAAGAUGAGAAUCAUGUAACUUAACUUUGUAUGUAUACAUAUUAUGCGUAUAUACAUGUAUAUAACCAUUUAUAAGUCAUCGCAAAACUCUGUUCCCCGACAUGCGCCAUUUUAUCGAGUUGUACGCGCCAACGAGGCUAUUGUAUUGCUUGUCGAUCAUCGAAAAAGAUUCGAUAGGUAUCUGAAUAUUGAUAGAUAUUUAUCUUCAUGAUUUCUUUCCUUGGCAGAUAGAAUUCGAAGAAUUAACAAAGGUUUUAAAAAAAAUUGAUCAUAUUUUUUGAAACAAUAUUAUUAUUAUUGUUGUUGUUAUUAUUAUUAUUAUUAUUAUUAUCAUUUUGAAGACAUUUCAUUUUUUGAAGAUACAUACGUAAAAAAAAAAGGAACUCUGCAAAAUUUCCGGUGUAGAUUGUAUUUGGUUUUUUAUAUUCUUAAAAAUUCAUGUGUAUUCUUUGUUAAAGCGUUUACAUGUGGUUCCUUGAUAAUUAAUAAUGCAAUCGCAGAUUCUUUCGAUUUUUUUUAUCGCUCUGCUUUUCCUUCGACUUCCUUCUUAUUGAAAAUCUAGAUACUAAACAUCGACGCAUAUGAUUUCGGGUGACGCUACAAAUCACGGAGUAACAUUAGACAGAAAUAGAAAGAGAUAUAAAGAGAUAGAGAAAAAGAGUGCGUGUCUUUGAAAAAUGUAGAUAAAAUGGUAAAAUCCUCGUUUAGCUGUUCUCCUUGUUUAUCACGGAGGGACAAAAAGUAUUUCGAACGAGUUCGUAACAAUCUAAGAGAUCGCUCCACUCUUCACUGCUCGAUUUCCCAUUCGAUCGACUUCUAAUCGUAAAGUUAUAUACGUUACUAAAAAAUCGAAUACGAUUAUAUUACAUGUUGAUGUAAUGUAUACUUUUCAAUUUUCUUUCUUCUUUAUUUUUUUUAACCAUUACAAAAGACAUAACUAUUCAUUUUUUCUGAAAACAUCUUGUUUCUUUUUUUUCUUUUACAUUUUAAGAAAAUGCAAAUGUUUUCAGAAUCAAUAAUAUAACAAAAGAUACAUAUUCUAUUCAAUUUUCGAUCUGUUUUGACUUUUCUUGAAUACGAUGCAUACGACUCAGCAUGUAGUAUAAUCGUAAAUGUUAAAUCGCGUAUUAAAGUUAUAUAUUUAAUGCAUGUUACAUUAUUAUACCCGUACUUUCUCGUACAAUGAUGAAACUUAAAAUGUGAGACAAAAAAAAAAGAAAAAAAAAGAAUCGAUCCGGGAGUCGAGAGGAUGUUUUAGUGGAUGCGCACAUAAGUCUAAGAGAAAGGCUUUGGGUUCAAUCCCAAUCGUAAGCUUAACGAUAUACACGCUUCUACAUUAUAAUACAGUUCUCGUUUUUCUUUUUUUUUUUUCUAUUGAUCUUUGCUACGCCAAUGCAUGCACUUCCUCCAUAUUUUAGAUUUUGUUUAACGAUUUUUUUUUUCUUUUAAUUAUCUUAGAAAAACACGCGAAAGUGUAAGUCGAUAAGUUCGUUGGAUUAGCGUUAUUUAAUUUAUCGAUAGAAUUUAAGAAUCAAUUAGAAGAAAAUGCAUUGAUCGCGACAAAGAACAUGUAGAUUUGUCAUUAUGAAAACGAGGACGGUUCGGAUGCAACAUAAAUGAUGAUCAUAUCCUUUUCUAAAGGAUCCGAUUGAUAUUCGGUAUUUUCCGUGCAAUGAUAAAAGGAUACGACCGUCAAGGAUGAUCCUGUAUUCUUAUUCUUAACGAUACGUUUCUCUUUUCAUCAAAUAAUGCAAAAAUGAUCGGCAUUGUACGCGUUUCUUCGAUAAAUUGUACAAUUAUAAUCGUUAUUAUAAUUGUAUUUGCCUGAUGUCAUAAACGGAGUUAUAAAUUGCACUUUGAUCCAUGCAAAAAGAUUGAAGCAAAUGACUAAUUUCAAUAUAUAUUUAUCACAGGAUCAAUCCUUUCUUCGGAUCAAUAACGAAUCACGCACGUAUGAAAUAUCGUUAUCGAUCCACGGUGAUCCGAGCCGAGUCGAUAAGGUUUUCAACGACUUAUCGACGAUCGAUCAUUUUUUUAUUUUUCCUUCUUUCUUUUUUUUUCUUUUUCUUUAACCUAUCUAAAAAGAUUUCUACGACACGAUAUAUAUUAGGAUUAAGACGCCCGCAGAAAUAUGUACAAUAUGUUUUAAGAGGCGACUGCAUAAAAACGUACGUUGGGACACGGUUCGCGUUCAGGAAUCAUAUCAUCAACUCUGUCCACCUGUUUUCUAAUCAUUUUGCAUUGCUUUUUGAUUACCUCCUUACUACCACUCGAUAUAAAAAAAUCGCUUUGUUAAACAAGGGCCCCGAUAAUAACUUCAUCGUUCUAGCAUAUUUUGUGUUCUUUUUCUUCAUCUUUGUUUUUUUUUUAUCUUUUUCCUUUGAGCGCAAUUAGAACGCUAACAAUUAAAUACUACACUGUAUGUGAAAUAACGAUAAUUAAUGAUAAAAGUUGAAUAGCAAUUGUGCUGGACACUAUAUAUGUCUUAAUUAAAGGAUAUUGCCAUAAAUGUCUUAUUUAACUGUACAUUUUCAUUCUUAUUCUGUGAUUUUACAUAUUCGAAGGAUAUUUAUAAUUCUUUCUGUAUUCUCUAUAUUUUACUUUUGUGUCUUAUUAUUGUUUUGCGAAAUACUAGAACAAUAUUAUGCAUAAUACAAUACAAAUUAAAUAAAUAGAAAUUGAAUUUAUCAACAGAAUAAAAGUUCCAUUAUUGAUGCAUACAGAAAUAUUUAACACCAUAGUUUACACUUGAAAAAUGACUGAACACUGAAAAUCCCGCGAGCAGACGGAAUUAAAAUUUACAAUACGAUAAACACACUGAACGAAUUAAUAUUUUUUAUUAUUAUAGACAAAUAUAAGAAUUUCUUUAUUUGCAGAAUGGAAAAAGCUAGAAUGGAAAAGAAAUGGACAACCAAGGAAAACAUGAUUAUCGUGCGAGCAGAAAAUGGAUAAGUCGAGUUUUAGUUCAAAAGAGGACAAGCGGAUUUUUGGUUACAUAAUCCUGAAUCACCAUUAUCGUGUCACCCUCGUCGUAACGCAGCUGAAAUGACCAUCACAAUAUCGAACAGCAGUAACAGAUAAUAUACAUUAUGUAUAUUAACUUUACCAAUAGAUCUUCGAUUUUUAUUUUAUUUUCAUCUUCACUUGGUAAACACUCACUCACACUUUUUAUGUACUUUGAAAUAUUUUUUUUUGUUUUGCGUUUCGAUAAUGACAAUAUGAGAAUAUUAAAUAUAUAGCAUCGGUAACAUCGGUGUUAACGAUAACGAUAAUAAUUAAUAGAAGUAAUGAUAUAAUUAUGAUAAUAAUAAUAAGAAUAAUCAUAUAAUGACAAUAAUCAAAUAAGUAAGAAUAAUCGUAUCUCACGAUGACCGCGAUAAUAAUCAUAAUAAUAAUUAAUUAACACUAUAUUAUAUGUAUAAUAUUUAUAUAUAUUUAUAUGUAUUUUUUAUUUAUAGCUGUAUAUUAUAUAUAUAUAUUUUAUAUAUAUAUUAUAUAUAUAUAUAAUUGUAUUUCAUUAUUAUUUAACACAUUUCUUUUGUACAAGUAAAUCAAUUAAGAAUAAGUACAACUUGGUAGCAAAGAGAGAUAGAAUUAUAUUAUUCACUGUAUAUUUUUAUCCAUAGUGAGAAGAGAUAUAUAUAUAUAUAUAUAUUUAUAUGUAUAUAUGUAUUAUAUAUAUAUAUAUAUAUGUAUAUACAUAUAUAUAUUUAUAUGUAUAUAUGUAUAUACAUAUACGUAUAUUGCAUAUUUGUUUGCGUAUAUAUGUAUAUAUAUAUAUAUAUAUAUCUUAUUUAAUUCAUUUCAUUAUAAUAAUAUUCUUUCAUUAUCUUUAUUAUGUUUCAGAUCGUAAUUCUUGCACGCCGCUAUCUAUGUUUGGCUGCCGGAAGUGGUCUUACUCUAUCAUACUUUCCGUUCUCCUAAUAUCUACGGAUUUUUGUAAAUCCAACGUGACUUUCCAUUGCGUGACAAUGAGAGCUUUUCGUCGCGGUAGCCGCCCAUCUUCUCUUUCACUUUUCAUCGAUCCUUAAAGAGAGGAGGUAGAAAAAACAGCGAAAACGACGAGAAAGAUCCGCGACUCGAUCGCGAAACCGCUUUAUUACUAGAAAUAUUACAUGAUAAGGAGCGUGGCACAGUUUUGACGCUACAAUCGUUUACGGGGCUGGCCACGAUCGAAGAAAAUGGGGACGCGACGAAAAGCGCGGGAACGCUUUAACGAAUGAAGGAGGAGUCGGAGAGGCAUCCAGGAGUCAUAAACACUGGAAAAUGUUGAGAACUAAACAACUAGCACAGGAAGCAAUUAAUUUAAAAAGCAAUGAGAAAACAUUAAAACAUUAAAAUUGUUUUUGCACCAAGCGACAGAGAUAAUUGAGAUUCUUAAAAAAACAGUGAAUUUUAAAAAGAAAAGUCGAUAUACGUAAUAUACUAUAAAACGGAAGUUACAUUGCAAGAAACCGACCGAUUAAAAUUAAUUAAAUUAUCUAUACUUUGAGCUAUAUAAUUAUAUAAUGAGGGGUAAGUGGUCUUCGUGCGAAGAGGCCGCAAGAAUCAUAAAGGAAUUAUAGUUUGGCACUGAUACCCGUCAGCUUGAACUUAACACGUUCGCAGAGCUGGAGAGAACCAGCAUUGGGAAGUCACGUAUUCCUAUUCGAUCCUAUUGCUGAUGGACUUUAUGGCACAUCGAAUAUCUUCCUUAAAACGCUUUGAUUCCAUUUCGAAACUAUGGCGUCUCUUGCCUUAUGCAUCCAGCAUACCUUCAAUAAAAAGAAAAGAAAAGAAAAGAAAACAAAAACUACAACGUAACUACGAAACAACAUUAACAAUUGUCCACCAUUCGACUGAUUCGAAAUAUAUCUUUUUCAGAGAUUACAAAAACUCCACUUCCGGCACCAGGUACGAGCAACGUGUGGCUGUGGCCCAGACUUACGUCGGAUAGUAGCAAGAACACACAUUAAAAUCAUAGAAGAUCAACGCUAUUAGACGUGUUAUGCAAGUAGCUAUCCGCUUUAUUUUCCCUUUGAUUUUCUACAAACCAUUUCACUUGGUUCAAAGGAUAUAUAUAUCAGAUCUGCGGAUGCUCUAAUUGGCAUUUCCAUUCUUUUUCUAGUUUAUCAUUUCUCGUCUCUUUUGUCUGAUGCACCAAAUAACCAAUACACAAUAUGAAUACAUAUACACGCGGAUUGGUCGAGCAUUUUCCUUUUCUUGGUCUCUCCUCGAGGUAUCCUUAUUUUGUGUUAUUUUAAAAUGCCUUUUCCUUUCUUAUCGAGAUAUACGCAUCACACGUCCAAAAGGAGCACACAUGUCAUGGUUUAUCAAUGUAAUAUAUAUAGUAUGCGUUAUAGAUUCUUUAUGCGCGAACGAGGCCCACGAAGCCUCCGCGAGAUUCCUUUCUGUCUCGUCGAGCGUGCCAUUUUGCCAUCGAUCCCUCUCAUCAUUCUCAUCUCUCUGAAUAAAUACAGGAAAGAUGUAGAACUGUCCAAUGGAUAUCGUACGAGCGAAACGACCGUCGUUCAUAACGAUAAUUGACGAUCGAUUUAUGUGUUAUAGAAUCGGCGAACGAGAUUUUAAAAUACCACCCGGGUAGAUUGGUCGGGAUGUGAAGUUAAAACUCUUGGAAGAUGUUCAGUAAGUAAUUAUAGAUCGAGGUUAAAAUUCUUAGAUUCGAAUAUAAUAUAUAUAUGCGAAUUCUUUUAGGAUGAAAUUGAACGAUUUGUUAGUUUAAAGAGAAUUCUCGAAUGUUUAGAACAUUGAUAGAGAUUCUCUCGGGAAAGGUAAGUUCAUUACGAAUUGAUGGGAGGUAAGAGGGAAGAUUGUUAGGCUGUAUUCCUUGGAAACCUUGGUCCAUGAUCGGCACCAGCUAAUUCUUAAUUGGAAUGAUGAUAUUUCAUUACAUCUUAUUUCUUACUCGUGACUAUACAGGAUCAUCUGAUUCUGAUCUAAAGUAAUUCAAUUAUCUAAACUUAAUUAUUCUUCUUGACUAGGAUCGAUUAUUCUAUGAUGGCAUAUUCCCUCAUUUGAAAAUCAUUUGAAAUUUCACCAAUGGAAUCAGCUGGUCCAGGAUCAAAAGCUAUCGACAAUUUUUGCUGGAAUACAGGGACGAAUAUAGAACUAUUCGCAUCAUAAAAAACCGAUUUGGAUACGAUGGAUCUCCGAUAAACUCGUUAAAUUCAUUCCAAAACAACGUGUUGCUACCGCGGAGGACGCAGUUCCGUUUCCGGUGGGCGGAAAACGACGCGCUCGACGUGCGAUGUUUCCUUUAUCGUGCCGCGAGAACCAUCAUCAUCAACGUGUAUCGAUAUCGAUAGUAAUGAUGAUCAUCGUAAUAAUUAGUAAUAAUAACCAUAGUAAUAAUAAUCAUAAUAAUAAUCAUAGUAAUAAUCAUAAUAUUAAUUAAUUAAUUAAUAAUAUAUUUAUAAUAUAUAUGCGUAUAUUAAAUAAAUUCUCCGAUAUAACUUACGACUUAA